UAGAUUUUUGUGCUUUAGAGAGAGAACUGCAGGCUGCAGUUGCGGCUGAUGAAAAGUAUCAAAGAGAAAACGAUGCCAAGUUCCGAGCCAUUCAUCAGAAGGUGGCAUCCUAUGAAGAAUUCAGGCCAUGUUUUCAUGACUUUUAAUCGUUUUUGUUCCUCUCCUCUGGACUUUCUCCAGUUUCUCAACAUCUUUCCUAAAGUGCAGUGCCCAGAACUGGACACAAUACUCCAGUUGAAAACAUCGAUAUCUAUGAGCAGAUCGCUCAGGGCUUGGUGGAGAAGGGCUAAAAGAGGGACCCUCAGCAGUGCCACAUGAAAGCCAAGGAGGUGUGGCAGGCUACCAGAAAGCAAGGGAGGCUAAUAGUCACUCUGGUGCAGAGCCACAGACAUGCCAUUCUUACAGAGAGCUGCAUGGCAUUCUCGGCGGAAACCCCCACCCCCAAGAGCUGUAUGGAUACUUUGGAGGAGUCAGAGUUACUGGCCCCCGGAGUGAACAGUGAGGAGGAGGUGAUGGAGGAGGAGGAGGAGGAGUAUGGGGGACAGAUGAUUGGGGGAGCCAGUCAUGCAGCGAGCCAGGACCUCUUUUUGACUCCAGAGCAGUCGAGCCAGUCCCUCCAGACCAGCACAGGCGAGCCUGAGGCAGGGGAAGGAACCUCUGCUGGAAAUGUGGCCUUGAGGGUGUUUUCGUCCACACCAGUGGAGCGACUCAGCUGGAUAAGGAGGAGAAGGAAGAGGACGUGGGAUGACAUGUUCUAAGAGAUCCUGAAAGCCUCUGGUAUUUUGGAUACCGAGCACAGGGCUUGGAGAAUCGCCCUUGCAGACACAAUGGACAGGGAUAGAGUGGAGAGGAGAAAAGCACAGGAAAAGGAGUGAGAUGUGCAGCAAGAGAUGCUAGCGCUUCUCAAGCGGCACAUUGACAUGCUGGAGACUCCUGUUGACCUUCAGAUUCAACAAUCCCAUGCUCACCUCCUUCUGCAGCCCAUCAAGAACUGCAUUCCGGGACCUCCCUAAUCACCCCCCUGCAUUCCACAUGGCCUCUGGGGCUGCUACACAACCCCACCACUCCACCCAAGGGGAGAAUAUAGGCAAUCACAGCUGCACAUACACUGACCUGUGAGAGACACAGUUGGUGUAUGUGUUUGUGAAAUGGAAAUGACUGUUCUUUCCCCUUCAAAAGUUCUUUUCCCUGUAUUUUGAAAGUUUCAUUCACUUAUAAAUAGGUCUGUUUGCAUGAGUUCGAAAUAAGUCUAUUUAUGGAAACGGAUAUUGUGCUGGCAUCACACCUGAAACCUCUAGAGAAAAAGGACAAAAUGGGAAAAAAGAAAAACCUUCUGUGGAAUUCCUAUGCUACCCAAGCUAACGGCAAGCCGGACAGAGAGAUGGAGCUAGCCCAGGGAUGGGAUGGACUCCCUGAAACGUCUGCAGACUUUUACAGAUAUUGGCGCAGAUGCUUGAAAAGUGGACAGGAAAAAUACCAGUUCCUGUUUCAGCUCGGCGGCAAGGGCCUGGGCAGAAUCUUUCAAGCUGAUGUUGGCUUUGGUCUCCUGGGUGAAUUUCUUGUGGUGCUGGCCGAGCAUGCCUGUAGGGAAGACACAGGAGCUGUCCUUCAGAUAUUACAGAGCCUUUCUGGGACCAAGCGCUUUGGACUAAACGUGGCUCUCCUGAGCCAGGUGGAGAAGGAUAGCUGCAGGGACUUGUUUGGGAAACUGCAGAGCAUGGGCAGGAAUUGUGGUGCUGAUGGCCUUCCUGAGGGCACAGCUGAAGCAGGUACAGCUGCUUUGCAGGAAGAAGAGAACGAGGCUGAGAGAGAAACCCAUCUGAGGGGGGCUGGCCAGCGAAAGGAGGCAGACGACAGACUAAUUAAAGAGCUGGUGAAAUGUUACCUUGUUAGCUGAAGGAGCACAGGCUCUCCCUACAGCUCACACUCCACCAGGGUUACUAGGAGCUGAGGGCCAGGAGGGACCCUUCCUGUACUGCUCUGUCAUCAAAGAUGGAGGGACAGUGAGAGCCCCUUUUCUACAGAAAGUUGGUGAUUGAGUUUUACUUUGUACCUGCUUCACCUGCCUCAGAAGAAUGGCCUGGUACAAAUACAUAUUAGUCGCCAAAAGGAUUAUACUGGGGGACACAGUCACACAGGAGACAACACUUGCUGUGAAUCAGUAGUACAGUUUUGAAUAUAGUGUUUGGGGAUGGGAAAAAUCACUUUAGUAUUAGUGGGAGAAGAUUAAUUCCCCUCUUCUCUUUUCUCUGGCUACCUGUUCUUGGUCAACACGGGAUUUUAGAAACAUAAGCAGCUGUAUUAUAAUAGUUGAACCCAUUCCUCAUUGGGCUGUUACCUGUUUAUGUGUACAGCCAUGUCUGGGACUGAUCUGACCCCCUCCUUAAACAGAAUCUGGGAUAAAUACAUGGAAUGUACAUUGCUAAUUGCCGCAGUCAUACUCCUGGGGGCAUGCUGUGCCAAAAAAUUAAAAAUUC